ACUUGUCACGACCGAGGUGCAAUCAUUAAUCUGAUGCAAAUAGUUGUGACAAUACAUACAUACAUAUAGAUAUUACACAUAUACAUAUAUAUUGUAGCUGCUGUUUAUAUGGGUUUAUAUACGUUUUGUUAACUAUGUUGAGAUAUGCAUCAAGCAAGUUACGCCUUUAUGCUAAUGCGUGUUUCAGUAGAUAACACGAAAGAUUUUAAUUGGAAGAGAAGUGUUAAAAUAGCUAUCUGCUCCUUGCCAGUUUGGUAUUCAAUUAUCUAAUUGUUUAUUUUAGUGAAACAAUUUAUAGUCUGUAUAUAUAUACAAAGAAAAUUAGAGAAAAAAAUGUCUGCCGCUACAGCAAGCAUGCGAAACACUCAAGUGAUAUCAUCACCACCGCAAGUGAAACAAACGUCGCCUCAACCUAACACUAAUGAUUACGCUUUGUCAAAAAAGGUAAAAAAAGAGGAUCCUUACGUUACAAACGCAAAAAAUCCAGAAGGAAACGCUCCUACAAAUCAAACAAAUCAAAGUGGAUGUUCAACAACUUCAUCACAUGCUGAUAUGGAUUAUAGUCCCUCUCCGGGAGAAACAUCAACCGGAUUGACAACUGGUAGCAAUGGAUCUAAUUCAAUGAUAACCACGGGCAGUUAUAACAGUGCACCAUCAGUCAACGGAAACAGUCAUGCGAUAAAUGGGCUGUCAAACGGAAUACCUUCUCAGUAUCCCGGCGCGAACGGUAUGACGCAAAACUCGUUGGAUCCUACCGGUCCUCUUCCAAAUGAAAUUUUUGAGUUACUUAACGAGUUUUGGAGACCAAACGAGUUAGUGGCUCCCGACACGCAUCUAAUGAAUGGAAAGUUUUCACGUAGAAGUCCUGAUGGUUCACUGGAUGACACUGCAGAGGAGGAGAAAGAUGGAGAAGAUGAUAUGACGUCGCUUGCCGACACGGAGCUUGGCGUUGAUAGAAAUACGCAAAAACGCCGUUACAGCCGACUGUCAGAUGGCUAUGAGAGGUUAAAGUGUGUUCUCCCUUCAGUGAAAGAUAAAAGAAGAGUUUCAAAGGCAAGAAUACUUGACGAAGCAAUUAACUAUAUUCAACGCUUAGAAAGUAUAACCAAUGUCUUGAAGCGGGAACAUGAGAAGCGUUUGAGCAUGUUAAACGGAUCAAACGGGUUUUUCCCGGAUUACUCUGUCCAGCCGUAUAUGAGGUCAUUAUUUCAAAAGCAAAUGUACUCCCCUGGCAUGAGUGGUUCCAAAAUGGCACAGUAUCCUAAAAUGAGUACGACACCCUCAUCCAUCCCGAAAUCACCACGAAUGAAACAAUAUAACCAACAAUAUAGUUCCCAGUCUACUGGAACAGGAGUGGGUGCUAAUAUGACGCCAACAGAUUAUAAUUAUAAUAACUUGAGUAGUUAUAACGUUAAUACGGGUCCGAUGUACCAAACCAGUGAUAGCACUCAGUUAAUGAAUGGUGAUACAUCGCCUAUAACAAAUAACUCACCUUAUAGCGCAUGCUCGUUGAGUCCUGGAAGUACGCCAACAACUUAUCAAAAUGGUAGCACAAUAAACAAUUCUUGGCCAUAUCAAACUGCUGGUAUGACCGGAUAUAACGAUUCAAGCAACUCACAAUUGUCAAGCUACAGUAGUCGUCCCGGGUCCAAUGGGUACGCUAGUUCUGGCGGUUACUCUAGCAUAAAUGGAGGUAUGUGGGGAAAUAUGGGUAUGAGCGAAGUGACGUCACAAGUCGUACCACAUGCAGAUCACUCGAUGAAAGUUGGAUAAAAGGCAUAAUUGAGUUGUGUGUAUAAGCAGAUAGUUUGACGAUGAUUAACAAAGAUCAUUCCAAAUGGCUGCAUACCCGAAAGUUUAUAAUUGAAUAUCAAAGACAAGAGAAAAACAAUCAAAGCAUUAGGUCAACCAAAAAGUUAAUAUGCUUGUAUUCAAUUCUGAGCGCGAUGGAACUGCAGAACUUGCGUAGUUUUUCGCGCAUAGUCUGCGUUUUUUAUAGAAAAAAUAAUUUUGUGCUCAGCCAUUCAAACUCUUGUGUUUAAAAGAAAAAAGGAACUUGCUUGAACUUUAUUAAAAAGGGAACCUAUCAAACCGUAAUAAAAAUUAUAUAAAAAAAUUGCAAAAUAUCUGUUUUACUGUAAUUUGCAAUAAAUACUUCGCAGUCAAUUCCUGGAAAAAGAUAAACCUUGUAUUUGUAACAUAUUUUAAAUUCGACAUAUAAAAAUUCAUUUAUUUCUUUACUCUAAAAUAUGUAUAAAAAUGUCGUGUUUUUGUCUGUAUUGUACGUAUUGAAUUCUAAAUUAAUAUAGUUAAAUUUUGACGCAAUAUUGUAAAUAGUUUAGUAUACCUCCAUGGUAUAUAUGACAUUGUAUUGUCAAACACAGUAAACUCUGAAAUAAAUUAAGUGAUUA